AUGGAAGAGGAAACUUCUUUCUUUGGGGGUCAAAGGGCUAUUCUGUUAAACUCCCACACUUAUUCCCUCCUCUUCCCAAGUCUGACCAUUGAUAACUCUCACACAACACAAGUUUCACCAUCAUUCUCUUCAAAGCUGAGAGCUCCAGCUCUCCUUCUUCACGUCAGUCUUGUUGACUGCUUCGAAACCCAUAUCUCCUCAGCUCAAAAUGAAAUAUUUCCUUCUUCAGACUUAGCUACAAUAUCCAAACAUCAAGGCAAUCUGAGAUGUCUAUCUACCUCAAAUCCUGUUCAAGUUGUUUAUCUAUGUCUUGGAUAUAAUCUUUCAAAAUUGGAGCUUCAUCCAAGAAGUGUAGUCAUCUCAAAGCGUGCUGAAGUGUCGCCUGCUCAUUCCUCACCUUACUCACUCUUGCAUGUCGAUUUCCCUUGCUCAGAUGACCAAGGUUGCUUCUUGAAUGUUGCUCAGUUUUCUGUUCUCUACAACAUAUCCAAAGAUGGUGGACAUACAACAAGUUUAGGUCACUCGGACGUAGUAUAA